GUUAACAGUAAAGUGAGUGAACAGUAAAGAUCGGAGAGUAGAAUGAGGAGAAAAGUGGACGAAGUGUUGAAUUAACGGAGCAGCUGCUGACGGUUUCUGCUCGCUCCACACAGAAUGAGUCGAGAUGAAGAGACCAAAGCUGGCCGGGGUUUUCCUCUUCGUGGGCUGCCUGCUCGCCUACCUGAUGUUUGUGAAGCGUCACUACGCCGUCUCCAAGCCUGAAGCAUACAGACUACCUCCCCACCACCGGGCCGGCUCCGACCCGAUCGGAGACGACAGGCCGGCCUCCGCUGCCGGACAGAGCUUCCAGUAUGGCAUCAUGUUCGACGCUGGGAGCACUGGGACCAGAAUCCACAUCUUCAAGUUCCAGAUAGAGGAGAAAGAAGCUCCUCAACUGGCCCACGAGACGUUCAGGGCCAUCAAACCUGGCCUGUCUGCGUAUGCCGACGAUCCUGACAAGUGUGCGUCAGGGAUCGUGGAGCUGUUGGAGGUGGCGAAAUCGAGCGUCCCCCCCCCCAUCUGGAACAUCACCCCUGUGGUCCUGAAGGCAACGGCCGGCCUCCGUCUGCUGCCUGGAGAUAAGGCCAACCACCUGCUGGACAGGGUGAGGGCGCUGUUCCUGGAGUCCCCCUUCCUGUCCAGAGAUGACAGCGUGUCCAUCAUGGACGGCACUGACGAAGGGAUUUCUGCGUGGAUCACUGUCAACUUCCUCAUCGGUGGUCUUCACAGUGCUGACUCGCCCACAGUGGGAAUGUUGGAUUUGGGUGGCGGGUCGACUCAGAUCACCUUCAGCCCUCAGGACGAGAAAACCAUCCAGACCUCACCCAUCGACUACAUCAGGUCCUUCCAGAUGUUCAACAACACACACACCGUCUACACUCACAGUUAUCUGGGACUGGGUCUGAUGUCGGCUCGACUCACCGUCUUAGGAGGCGUCGACGCUUCGCCCCUGGGGGGCAGCACGGAGCUGGUCAGCCCCUGCCUUGCCCCAGAGUACUCAGGCAGCUGGGAGCACGCUGACGUCGUCUACACUUUGAAGGGACAGAAAGCAGGGGAGCCGGUUUACGAGGCGUGUCUGACCAAAGUGGAGAAAGUUCUGUACAGGAAGGUGACGAAGGCGUCUGAAGCCGCAGACAUCGACUUCUACGCCUUCUCCUACUACUACGACCGCGCCGUCGACCUCGGAGUCAUCGAGGAGAAGAGAGGAGGAACCAUUAAAGUGGCCGAUUAUAUGGAAGCAGCCAGGAGAGUGUGCAGCAGUCCGUCCACCAGUCCUCUGCAGAGUCCCUUCCUCUGUCUGGACCUGGUCUACAUCUCAGUCCUGCUGCAGGAGCUCGGGUUCCCCCCCCACAAACAGUUCAAGCUGGCGAGGACCAUCAACCAGGUGGAGACCAGCUGGGCUCUGGGAGCCACUUUCCAUUACAUCGAGUCCCUGAAGAGACACUGACGGCUUUUAUUUUGAAAACAUCCUGAAUGUUGUGAGGACUUCCUGGAUAUCUCAGACUCAAGGUACAGAAGCUGAACUGAACCUGGAUCUCUGUGAAGACUGAGACCUGCAAAUGACCCCCCCCUCGACUGGUCCAGGUGGACUCGGCCUCACCUGGUCCAGGUCUCAGUCUGAGGCCGAGUCCAGAUCACAUGACCUCAUGGAGACACUCCACCACAAACACUCAGAGACUCAGAUGAGAUUUGUCCUCAACUUUAUUUAUCAGCAGUAAUUAAAACAUCCAGGAAGUUUAAUUAACCUUUGACCUUUGACCUCUGAUCAUAUUUUCUAUAUUUAAUCGUCUCAUAUAUUUUGUUGGUGAAGGAUGAAGCUGUUUUUAUGUUUAAUAACUUACUGAUGGUGAAUGUUUGAAACGGACGUGUUUUAGAGGAUGAAAACCUGAACCUGGUCCGACGAGACCCGACGGGACCCAACAGACCCGACCAGACCCGACAGACCCGACCAGACCUGACGAGACCCGGCGGGACCCGACGGGACCUGAAGGACCCGACGGGACCCGACAGGACCUGUAGGACCUGAAGGACCUGACGGGACCUGAAGGACCCGACGAGACCCGACUGGACCUGAAAGACCCGGCGGGACCCGGCGGGACCCGACAAGACCUGAUGGACCUUAAGGACCCGACAGGACCUGACGAGACCUGACGGUCCUGAAGGACCUGACGAGACCCGACGGGACCUGACGUACAGGACCUUUUGUCAUUAACGACGUGCCCACGUG